AUGAGGCCGUUGCUGCUCGUUUCUCUGCUUCUUUUAUCGUUCCUAACUCAAGAAGCUCAUGGAAUACGCUUGAGAAAAGGAUCUUUACCAGCUAGACAUCCUAUUGUCCAUGGAGAAAGUCUUCGAGAACUAAACAGAAAUAACAACGGUGUCGAAGAAGCUGUUACUUGCAAAGGCAGGCGUUGCUCAGGAAGGAGUGGAAAACUUGUCACCAAUAAAGUACCUAAUUCUAGCACUACCGCCAUUGUUGAGAAUUACAAGAAUGAGGACUCUUCCAUUAGUGAAAAAUUAGGUGGGAAUGAAGAAAAUAAUUCACCGGACAAACCUCGGUCAAUUCCGAAGUCCUAUCCAGACAUUUUAGACAUAGCUGGAAUGGAUUAUUCUCAGACAGCAAGAAAACCUCCGAUACACAAUUAA